AUGCUCGUCUCCCUCACUGUCGGCAAAGUCGACGCCGGUGUCGCUGUGCUUCUCACAGAGGACAAGCGUCUGAUCGAAUUCCCAUCCAUCCUCCUCCCGCCAGACAUCCACUCCGGCAGUAUAGUCGACAUCAACGUAUCGAGGAAUCAGCAUGCCGAAUUGAUCGCCGAUCAGAAGUUCUCGGCGCUCCAAAACGAGAUCUUUCAGACCUUCGGCCAGGCAUCUCCCUCUGCGCCCGUUCUCCGAUGCCGCAACACGACACAGACGAGCAUUGUGCUGGAAUGGGACCCGAUCGAGCUGGCGACUGCAGAUCUGCGUAGUCUGAGCCUCUACCGCAAUGGCACAAAAGCCGGUGUCAUUCCUCGCGACAAGCUCAGCACGAAGAUCAGUGGUCUGGCUUUGGAUACUGAAUACACCUUUCACUUGGUCCUGCGCACGAGCGCGGGCCAGUACACGUCCGAGAAGCUCACGGUCAGAACGCACAAGAUGACGGACUUGAGCGGUAUCACAAUCACGCCCGGUGUAAUGCCAGGCCAGCUCCGCGACAGCCUAGCCGAGACGGUGAACCGCAUGGGCGCAAAGAUGAUCGAUACAGUCCGCAUUGAUACCACGCACUUUGUGUGCACGGAGCCUCGCGGACAGGCGUGGGAGAAGGCGGUGGAGAUGAACGUACCUGUUGUGGUACCAGAUUGGGUCAAAGGCUGCGAAAGAGAGGGCAAAAUUGUCGGAGUACGAGGAUACUAUUUGGAUGCAGAUCCCAAGCAUCGCCAGAUGGGACCCAGCUCGCAGGAGCAUCGUGGUAGUGUGUCCAGCGUGGCUCCUCAGCAGAGUGGUCCCAGGAUCGAGCAUACUCCGCCUACACCCGAGCGAACUACUACCCAGAGAUUCGCAGCUCGUCAGGAUUCUUCAGAAGCACCCACACCACCUCCGAAGCCCGUGCAGGAACGAAUAUCAGAGGAAGAAACGCCACAAGCCGCUCAUGCUCCUGUGGCGACUCAAGAGGAAAAGACAGUCUCACCACUUGAGUCCGACGAGGAAGAGUCUGAUGAUGAAGGGCAGGACCCGGAGAAGGCGGCAGCGGCGCAAAAGGAUGCUGCAGUGUCUCCGGUCAGCCCUUCGGAUGGUCCUGCAGAUGAGGAAGGAAAGUUCGACGAGGUCGCUCUGUGA